CGGUAGUUGGCGCCUGUGCUCCCCAUUUAGAAACCGUUUCCUAGUAACAGAACCCAAACUUUCUGUUCAGACGGUUAACUUAGCUGUGAAUUUUCCUCAGUCAUAAUUCAGCCUGUGAGGCCACAGUACAGGAUGAGUGCUGGACGAGCAUCUGAGGGCGCGGGCUGCAUCACUUGGUGGGGCUUCAGUCCUGCGCGCGACCUGCUGAGAACUGGCCCUGUGAGACUUGAAGGGGAAGUAAAUGUUUUACUGGUUGGCAGUGGAGAUCCACGACAUAUUUUGAAGACCAUUGCUGGUGUGCAGAAUGAAGAAAGCCUUCACGUGUGGGUGAUAGAAAACAGCAUGGAGGAGGUAGCCAGACAGCUGCUGCUCCUCUACCUGGCACUGAUGCCCCAGGAAAGCAUGGGAAAUAAUGAGAAGACAGAAGUUUUCCUGGAGGUAUUUGGGAACAGUGAGAUCCGCAGUCAGACUGAAGAGACACUGAGACAUGCAGCAUCACAGCUCUCUGUGUCUGUUACUGAAACACUGGAGACGCCCACACACUCCUGUCUGAACACAACUUUUCUCAAGUUCAAGGAGCGAGAUGAACUGGCCAGGAUAUUCAAAUUGUGGAUCCAGCCUCAGUCUUCAGCAUCUUCAUCUGAAUGUCCUGCUCCUAUCAUAAUGUCCAAAGCCUGGGAUUAUCGGGUCAGGCAGCACCUUGGGACACGUUACAACGCCAAGAGGGGCUGCUUUGACUGGGACCUUUCAAUGAAACUGCAUGAGAAAGGGUGUGGCGUCAUCAACAAACAACAAUAUGUGCGAUGGAGGGAACGGGGUUUGGCUUUCGAAAUGAGGGAGGGCGUCUACCAAAUAACAAAUCCAAGUUUGCUCUCUUCAAGAGUGUUCAGUCAGAAAGGGGACAAAGUAGCUGUCAGGGGCUACUGGGGAGACAUUGUUUCCAGUCCCUACCUCUCCUUUGGCAUUGAAACUGAUGACAAGAGCCUGCUGAAGACACAGAAUGGGCAGCACGUCAAGACAGCCCAGGAUGUCUCCUUUGCAAAUGUACAGGCAUUGUUCUGGUCCCUGUCCAGUAGACGGGGCUGCACCACUACUUCUCAGUCAGACACAGAGGCAGAGAAGCCAUCCCCACAGACAGACCGGAAAUCUGUCACCAUUAAUGACUUGAUGCAUCUGAACGGGAUCUCUGUGACCUUCCUGCCUAUGGGCUCACUUCACAAACUGCCAGAAAAACAGAAAUACUCCCACUUCUUUAACACCAUCUAUUUCUCUGCCAGCUGCGUACACCAGUUGGGCCCGACGAUAAGACAGAUUGCAGCACCAGACGCUGUGCUCGUCGUGGAAUUGGCCAAGUACAUUUUGGAUCUGAGCAAAGAGCAAGAAGCUGGCUUUGCAAAGAAAGUGGUGAGCAUCGCUCUCCAGGCUGAAUUUGAGCCGUGGCAGGAUGGGAAGCGUGAUGACGUCCAUGCUGUGUUCAUACCACAGAAGAAGUGAACGUGGUUAAUUUAAGCAGAGCUGUUUACUCUGCUCCGACUGUCAGCAGCUGUACCUUCAAAAUAUGCGACAGAUUGAUAGUCAAGGUGGUGUUGCUUCACAGCAAAGACAUUUUACAAGAUCUUAUGCAGUCAGAAUUUUACCAGUCAGCGAGUAGCAACUGUAAGUGUUUUGUUUGUAUUGGCUGGGAUUUAUUUCAUGUUUCAAAUUUAAUUUCCAAUUUGAAUGACAAUGAAUGAUAGAAAAUGUUCAGUUUAUGUACACAUGCAUUUUAAUAAUUACAGAUGCAAUUGCAAGUAAAUUUAUUUCAUUCAUUUCACACAUAAAUAUUUAAAUCCCAAUUAGAUAAAGUGAUAAACACUGCAACAAUCUUGUCCUGAAACUAGUGAACUGUCUUCUGGUCUGUCUGUCUUCUCUGUGCCUCCUAUGUCAGUUCACUUCCAGCGUCCUCCAACCUUCCCCUUACCAUGGACCUUUUUGCUGCAUUGAGACAAGAAAACGUAAAGUAGAUUAUGGACAGUCGUACUCCGCACCGAAAUUAACAGCAAGUAUGACUGAGUGGCAAUUCAAUGUUUGCGUAGUCAUGGUUGUGUCAUCAUGGUAGAUCGAGACGAGCAGACUCACAAUUUCUGAGCAUGUUGGAUUCUGUUCAGGAGGACAUUGAUCUGAAGAAAAAAUAAAUAAGCGUCACGAAUGAGCCAUUUUUAAAAUAUCGGUUUUGUAUAUUCCCAGCUAAAUGGCUCACCUCAUACUUCUGCCUCCUCAUCUUUUCAGUCAGGUCAAAUUUCUCUGACUCCAGUUGGUAUAUGCAUUCCCACAUCUCCUUGGCUUUCUCUCUAAAACACAACAGCAUUAACAACUUGAGAUGAAGUAAAAAAAGGUCACCAGCUACUUUUUCUGCAGCUGCUUCAAAUACUAUGUGUCAGACAUACCCAGCUGGUUUAAAAUGUAAUGACCUUUACUUAGAAUGAACCUAAAUCUACUGGCAACAAAACUCAAAAUGCAUGUCUUUAAUGGACCUGACCUCAGGGUUUCCUCUCUCAGGUUCUCAACAGCCAGUGGCUUGCGUCUCUCCGCCAGAGUCUUCUUCUUUAUUUCCCUGGCUGUUUGCCUUUUGCCUCGCCUCUGCUCUACCUGCAGGAAACAAACACACUCAUUUGACACACAUGAAAUCUGAUUGUCAUGCAGAGCCGUUCUUUCAGUGGGCACUACAAAUUAUAUGCCCUGCACAUACUCGCAGUACACAGUGACACACCUGCCUACAAAUACAUUAUUCUGACCUUGGCCAGGAACCCUCCAAAGUGAGCACCCAUGUUAGAGAGCACUUUCUUCUUCUUUGCCUCAUCCUCUGCCCUCUUCUUGGCCUCUUCAUCCUCUUUCCUCUGUCUCUCCUCCUGAGGAAGUCUUCAGUUGAUUACUGCAGUUUCCGUUACUUAUAUUUACAUAGUAUCAUAUGCAGUAAGUAUAAUGUUAAAACCUAAUUACCGCAAUCCGUGUCUGUCUGUCCCGCUCUUUUUCAGCCCUCACACGCUGCUGCUCAGCUCUUUCUGCCCGGCGGCUUUCCUGUAACACAAUAACCAUGUCAACUUGAAUUUCACACAUGCCCCUUUAAUCUUUAUUAUCAUAAAUAUCCUGACAAAUCUCGCUUUUAGACAAACAGAAAAACAACACGGGAAAGGCAUUACAAUCCUGUCUUUGAGUCCAAUCAGCUCCUCUUCCUCUUUCUUCCUCUGCUCAAAAUGGACAUCAAUCAGAGUCUGCAGCUCCAAAAGAUCUUUCUCCAUCCUUUUCCUAUGGAUAUCCUAACAGGGACCAGCGGACACACUGAUCAAGAUUAUUUAAUGCUGUUUUGGGGGCUUGUAAUUGUGUAAUUGUUCAAUUAAUAACAAUCUUGGAGGAGCAUACAUCAAAGUCAACCCUCUCCCCCUCAGGGAUUUUAGGGGCAGCGAGCUGUGUGACCAGUGGCCUGUAAAAUAAUAUGAAGGCAUAUUAACAUAUAUGCUUUUUUGACUGCUCACAUUAUUUUUAUUUACUACUUUUAGUAGUAAAAUCAGUAAAUAGUUUUUUAUGUUAAGUAUUCCCAUGUAGCCUUACUUGUAUUUGGGACGUUCUUCUUCAACAUCACAGCCAGAGCAGAAAUGAAAAAGCAAAUCAGCAUACACAUAUUUGAAAACACAACAAAUCAAAUUAAUUCUGGUUUAACUUUAAUAGGCAAAGACUGAUGUUUUAAUAAAUCAGAAAACCCACAGUUCAUGGCACCUGUUCAUAAUCCUAGAAAGAUGAACAGAGUUUUUUAUUGCCCUGGGGCAAUUUAAGAUUUUAAGUUCCCGGUUCAUUUUGAAUUUAAAGUCCCCGGCAUAAUCACGCAACUGAACAUGGAUUUGGAUUCUGGAAAAACACAGCUGCAAAGCAAACAAAGUUCAGCAUCGCAGUCUCACCUCCCUCUCCCUGCUCCUCAUCUUCUUCUGCAGAAAGAAAGAGUAACAGAGCGAUUGAGUUGAGAGAAAAUAUGAAACUGCAGCUUUAUUAAAUGAAUGAAUGCCCUUACCUUCGUGAUGGCCUCUAAAUAAAAAAAUAAUAAAGAUCACAUCAGACAUGCUAUAAAACAGAAGCUUAUGUAUUAUAAAUGAUAAUAAAUAAUAAUAAUAUAAAAGUUAACAGGUAGGACUGGACUGACUCACCCAUGACCUUCUAAAUCACACAUAGUGACACUGGAGAGGAAAUAUAAAAAUCAGAACUGUUAUGAAUGUGCAACAGCAUUAGUGUGACAUAUGAAAGGUCUCAUUAUUUUUUAAAUGUAGUUCAGCUAGAAAUGGUAACAGCUGCAUUGAAUUUGUAGAAUACACCUUAAAUUGUCACAAUUUGCCAAUAACAUGGGUUUGUCCAAAAUUACAUUAUGCAAACUUACUUAAUUAUGGGGAUUUUAGCAGCAAAAGCAGACCAAGUCUCAACACUGUAUUAAAGCUGUAACGUUUGAAAGACACAAUCUUCCACCUAGAAAUGAAAAGCUUAAUUCAUGAGAAAUAAAACCAUUCAAUACACUUUUGUUGCUACAGACACAUUCGGUCUGGUAUGACCAGUAGCUUGUGCUGGCUAAAAUAAGCCAGAUGCUGAAGAUAUUGAUGUGUAACAGUUUUUUCUGGAUCAGUUGAUGGACAGCUGGCACAGUUCUGGUGUGUUGGGUGUGUGUUUUUAAUGUUUCCCUGUUUUAGUUUGUAGUUGCCUGCCUCCAGUAUCGUCUUGUUUUACUUUCUUACUUCCUGUAUACCUGUCUCAUUCCCCUGAUUGUCUUUACUUGUGCCUUGUUAUCCUCACCUAUCCUGUGCAUAUAUAGUGGUUGUCUUUCUGUUGUCAGUUACUGGUUCAUUGUUUUCAUUUCUGUUGUUUGUCUCUGGAUUAUGCUUAGAUCUUUGCUAUUUGGACUUUUUUUUUGUGCUCACACCACAUCACCUGUAAGUUUUUCAUCCAUUCAGGAUUAAACCUCACUCACAGUACCUGUUUAGCUCAGUCUGAAUAAAAUAAUGACGCCUUCAGAGCAA